AUGGAAGCUCAAUUUAAUGCUAAACAAGAAACUCAAGUUAAUGCUGAACAGGAUAAAGUUUGCACAGAUUGCAAUCAGCCUCGUCCAAUCCAAUUCUUUUUGAAAAAUAACAAGAUUAUUAAAACAUGUUCAGUGUGUAGAGACAGAAGAAAUAGACAAAAUGCACAAAAACGUGCAGCUGCAGAUGCUAUGGCAAAUGCAAGUACCAGUCACAUUACAAUGGAUGAUUUUUUUACUACCCUAAAAACAAUGAAAGAUAAUAUUCUUGCGGCUAUAAACUUCAAGUUCAAUUAUAAAGACAAACUCCCAAUGAGAUCAGAACAUAUAUCAAAAUUUAGAUACCACUGUGCACAAUUACUUGAUAGGCAAAAAAAACCAAAAAAGUAUGAAGAUCCUACCAAACAUAGAGAUCAUUUGCCAAUGCAAAGGUUUCAUUGUAGAGGCUGGCUAAUGCUUACUAUAGACACAGAAAAAAACCAAAUUGAGGUUGAAUUAGUUCACAAAUAUCAUACUGAAUAUGCUGAUGAAAAUAUUGGCACAAGAAGCCCGAAUGUUACCGAGAAGCAGAUAUAUUAUUGGUGGAUAAAUUUUAGUCAGCAUAUCUGGAAAAAAGAUGAAGAUCAAAUCCAAUCAGCUAUUAAAAUUAUUGAAGAAUGUGAUGAUACUGAAAUAAUAUUAAGUAUUGUAGAGAAUGGAGUUACCAUUAUUAGCUUUGGAGUUAUAGAGCUAAUUAAUAAAUUAGACGUAAAUGCAGUUGAGAUCGGUGUAGACGUGACAUGCUUAGAGCCGGUCGAGAAUGAUGAACUUGAGAAAGAAGAUGAGGUGGUGGAUGAGAAUGAACUUGAUGUACAAGAAAUUGAUGAAGAAUUUGCAGAAGCAUUACAAGAAUAUGAAGAAGGUGAGAAUAAUAUGAAUGAUAAUGUAAUUGUUGAAGAAUCUAAUAAGACAUGGAAAGAGGUUAAUGGCCGUGUUAAAGAAAAUCUUCAAAAAUGGAUUGAUCUAUUAAAAAGUCAAGAGCCAUAUAAAGAUACCCGAUUUUUGUUAGCGGCGGAAGAUGCGAUGUCUGGAAUAGAAAAGAUGUUAAAAAAGUUUGAAACAUUAAGAAAUAGAAGAACAUUGCCAAGGACACGGAAAGACUGUGAUAAAUACACAAUGUUUUAUAAAAUUGUAUAA